AUGGAGACGCUGGCCAGGAAGCCCGCCAAGACGAGCAUUCGCGAGCAGCUAGAAUCGCUCGAGGCAUCCAAGGCGCGGAUCUACGGCAGCGUCAAGAGGCAAAGGUAUGAGGAUUCCAGCGGCACAGCGCAGAAGCCUCUUCAGAAAAUCGACGAGCCUCUUCUCAAGCGGCCGUGUGUGAGAAUCGAGGAAGACAAUGCUGCUUCUGUGACUGCCGAGGAAGAAUCCGGGGAAAGAUUGGACAGCGACGCUGGGCUUUUGGUACAAUCCGAGAAAGAAGGUCCAUACGAGCCUCUUUUAUUGUCAGACGAAGGAUCACCAGAGAGAGUAGAGGUUCCAGCACCGAUUAAUAGCAGGCUACUGGAGCAUCAACGUGAAGGUGUCCGGUUUCUCUACAAUCUCUACAAGCAAAAAAUCGGUGGAAUUCUGGGUGAUGAUAUGGGGCUAGGAAAGACCAUACAGUCGAUAGCUUUCAUCGCAGCUAUACUUCACAACGAUGGUGAGCUCUUUCGGCUUCCAUUCCGAUCGAAGGCAAACUUAAGUGAAGCAAAGAAGAAGGUCGUGCUGGUGCUUUGUCCAACUUCAGUGAUAGAGAAUUGGCAGCGGGAGUUUGAAGCUUGGGGAAGCUUCCCUCUCGGCGUUUACCAUGGUGCUCAAAGGGAGGCCAUCGUGGACAAGGUCCGGAGAGACGAGCUCGACGUAGUCAUUACCAGCCAUGAUACUUUUAGAAUACACGGAAGCUCGCUGCAGGAGAUUGAUUGGGACUGUGUGAUUGUGGACGAGGCACACCGCCUGAAAAACGAAAAGUCUCAGCUCUACAAGGCAUGCUGCAGGCUACGCACGAAGUGCCGCUUCGGGUUGACAGGGACAAUCUUACAGAAUAAGUUGAUCGAUUUGUUCAACGUUUUCGAGUGGGCUGCUCCGGGAUGCCUUGGGACACGAGAGCAUUUUCGAGGAUACUACGAUGAGCCAAUCAAGCAGGGACAGAAAAUCAGUGCCUCACAGGUUUUAGUAGAGCUUGCGGAGAAACGAAGACAACAUCUAUUGGCUGUUCUACGAAGGUACUCUUUGAGACGAACAAAAGACGAGACGAUAGGACACCUGCUGAAAGGGAAGGAGGACAUUGUCAUCUUCUGCGCAAUGAGUCCUAUACAGAGGCGCGUCUACAAACGUCUCCUCGAAAGUCCCGACUUUCAGUGCCUGGUCAGGAAAAACGAACCUUGUGGCUGCGGUAGUGAGGAGCCGAGCUCGAAGUGUUGCCUGAGAACUGCUCCAAAGGGACCGAUUUGGUCGUAUCUUCACAAGGGCAAUCCAGAUGGAUGCGAGUCAUGCCCCUGCUGCUUGGUUCUUCCAUGCUUGAACAAACUCCAGCAGGUGAGCAAUCAUCUCGAGCUUCUUAAGCCAAAUCUUAGUGACGAUAUCGAGAAGAGAACGAAGGACGCAGCGUUUGCAUCACUAGUGUUCGGUGACGAUGCUCCUUCUCUCGGUGGCAUUCAACCAGAUGAGAGCUUUCUCGGUUUAAGUGACUCUCAGAAUUGCGGCAAGAUGCUUGCGCUGAAGAACCUUUUGUCCAAGUGGACUUCACAAGGUGACAAGGUGCUGCUCUUUAGCUACUCUGUGAGGAUGCUUGGAAUUCUAGAGAAGUUUCUUAUUCGUCGAGGAUACUGCUUUUGCCGGCUCGAUGGUUCAACACCUAUGAAUGCAAGACAGGGCAUUGUCGACGAGUUCAAUACUAGUCCUAGCAAACAGGUGUUCCUCAUCUCUACUCGUGCUGGUGGACUUGGACUCAAUCUGGUGAGUGCAAACAGGGUGGUAGUCUUUGAUCCAAACUGGAAUCCAGCACAAGAUCUCCAAGCGCAAGAUCGCUCUUUCCGCUUUGGUCAGAAACGCCAUGUCACUGUGUUCCGGUUACUGGCUGCAGGGUCUUUGGAGGAGUUAAUUUAUACCAGGCAAAUAUACAAGCAGCAGCUUUUCAACCUUGCAGUCACGGGAAAUCGCGAGAAGCGAUACUUCGAAGGAGUUCAGGACUCCAAAGGUGACAAAGGGGAGCUUUUUGGACUGAGCAACCUGUUCCGGGAUCUUCAAGACAAAGUCUUCACGAGUGACAUCAUUGAGCAGCACGAAGAGAGAUUAAUGAAGAUACAGGUCGAAAGUUACGACAGCGACAGUGAUGGACCGUGUAGGCCUCGUAGAGGGAGGCCAAGAGCUCUUGAGAACGACGGGGAUGAAGAAGAAGAUGACGAGCAUGGAGUCAGCGGCCUUGCUCGUCUGGUGAAAGAAAAUAUGCAAGACUCGCAGAAGACAGACGAAGAGGAAACAGUGGGACUCCAAGACAUGCUGACAAAAUCAGGUGUGGUCUACGCUCACAAGAACGAAGAGGUGGUGAAUGCUCGAUUACUUCGUGGCCAAAAGAAUGAAGAACCCGUCGAUGUCAUCGAUUCAGGCGACGAGGAGCGCGAAACGAGCACCAGGAGAACGAGAGCUACUCGGGUGACAGAAGAAAAGACCGUCCGAAAAUCAGCAUCAACAACAAGAAGGGAACCAAAACAAAGACAGGGAGAAGCGGAGGGAUCAAAAGCUCCAAAGGAAACAAAACCAAAGCAAAGACAGCGGAGCGAUCAAACAGCCAAAGAAUUGGAUCGCUCCAAAGAACCAACAGCGGCGAAGCAAAAGCCAGCGACGAAAAAAUCGGAGCUCUUCUCCGAGCUCGCCAAGUUCAAAGGAUUGGGCGUCAAAGAAUUUAGCCAGUGGAUGGUAUCGGCGAGCCAAAAAGAAAGAGAAGAACUCCUCGCAAAUUUCCGAGAGAGAAAAUGAAAGAAUCUCCACCAUUGAAUACUGGCCGUUCGAUUAACUGGUACAAAUCUCCGUCGUUGGAUUUUAAA